AUGUUUUCCCGCUAUCUCCUCCCGGCCGCCGCCAUCUUCGGCCUCGCGACAGCCCAGACUACCUCCGAGUGCAACCCCCUGAACCAGACCGACUGCGAUCCCAACCCUGCCUUUGGCACGACGCACCGCUGGGACUUUAACAGCACGCCCUCUGCCGACCUCUGGGAGACCAUCGUCGGCGAUGUCCCCUACGACAAGGACCAUGGCGCCGUCUUCUCGGUCAAGAAGCAAGGCGACUCCCCCACCAUCCGCACAAACUUUUACUUCUUCUUUGGCCGUACCGAGCUCCAUAUGAAGGCUGCUCCCGGAAAGGGAAUCAUCAGCUCCAUGAUGUGGCUGAGCGAUGACCUCGACGAGGUUGAUUGGGAGCUUCUCGGCGCUAAUGAUACACACGCCUCGACAAACUACUACGGCAAGGGUGUUGAGGACUUUACCCAGGCGGGAUGGCAUUACAUGAAGGACGGCAUGCAGGAGGAUUACCACAACUAUACCACUACCUGGACAAAGGACCAGUUGAACUGGUAUAUUGAUGGCGAGGUUGUGCGAACCCUCAACUAUGCGGAUGCCAAGGCUGGAGAGGCGUACCCUCAGACCCCGAUGAGACUGAGCAUUGGUAUCUGGGCUGCUGGAGAUCCCACUAUGCCUGAGGGUACCCGUGAAUGGGCCGGUGGUGAUACCGAGUACGACAAGGGCCCUUACAGCAUGUACGUCAAGUCUGUUCUCGUGGAAGAUGCCAGCACUGGCAAGGAAUACGUCUACGGUGACAAGUCCGGCAGCUAUAAGAGCAUCGAGAUUACCAAGGGCAACUCAACCGCCUACGAGAACCUCCACAAGAAGCCCGAAGAAGCAGACAAGACCACGGGCGAGAAGUGGGAAGCCCUCCCCACGAGCACCAAGACAGCCGUGUACGGCGGAGGCGUCGCCGUCGCAGCAGUCGGCGUCAGCGCCCUCGCCUUCUACUGGCUCCGAAAGCGCCGCGAGGGCGCGAGCGAGGCCAAGGCCGCCGAAGUGGCCGAGCAAGAGAGGACGGACCUCAUGUCUUACCGGGCGGGAGAAGACACGACGAACCAAGGCCACGAGUACAGCGCUGCCCGUUGGCAGAAGCUUUCUACUUGA